AUGGAGCCCUUGCCAGGAGGUGUUCCCACGGUAGCCGGCCGUACCCCUAUCGCCUGUCAAAACUGUGCCAAUGCGAAGACUGGUUGUGACAAGAGAGUGCCUUGCUCGCGGUGCGCCGAGAAGAACUUGCCGUGCGCAGCCAGAUUCGCGCGAAGAUCGUCCAAGGCAGCUGUUAGGGCUGCCCAAGCCAGCGCCACCUUUCAGCAGCAGCUCAUGCCUCCUGGGGUCCAAGGGCCCCAGCCUGUCCAUCCCAUAACCUUCAUGGACAUCACGCCGACGUUGAGUAAACAAGCAUCGCCGCCACAGCCCCUGACAUCCGCUGUACCGCAAACGGAUCAGAUCAUGACAAGCCAGAAAUCCUCACCUUCACAUUCUCAUCGUGGCUCCGUCGACUUCCCAUCACCGUCAGCACAUGCCGAAGCCCUUGAGGAGUUCAUGCAGCUUGACGGUAUUGACAAUACUGACUUUAUGAACCCGAACCCCAACUACCAUGACAUGAUGACCUGGCCCGACUACUCAUUGGAUUUCGACAUGUACGGCAAUGCGAUGGGUUCUCUUCCUCAAGACUUGUCAAUGCCCACCUUUGCAGACUUUAGUGACAUUGCUUCAACGUCGGAUCCUAUGACGACCGCGUCAUCGCGGGGCUCGACACACACUCGAAGUACCAGUAUCAUUUCGGCCGCCGAUUUUGAAGCUUCUUUCAGGACCACCGUGGAACCAGUUGUGGAGUCUAUAAGCGGCGAAGCCAGCAUUGCCGAGUUUGAGGUCGUCGUUGCUGCCGAGAAUUCUUGGCCGCUGGCCCGUUGUAAUCCGCCUAUCUACUCUAGCACAUGCCCUCGAACAGCCAUUGUUCACCUCGAGUGCCUCGAGAGGAAGUGCAAGGAAGAAGGCACAUGGAGUCCACUCGAGAAGUACAUCGAUACGGUAGACUGGGAUUCUUCCGACUUGGCUACCGUCAUUCCAAUGACCUCGCGCACACGCGACAGGAUGCUGGCCAUCACCCAGUCCUUCCUCCACAAGGCACUUGACGUCCAUCGCGGCGGCAUCAGCAAGCAAAACCCGGGCUACUCGAGCCCCAGCGAUUUCAGCUUCAUCGUCCUUCCGCCUCCCAAGAUAUUGGAAUAUUUCCUCCGCAGCUACGUCCGCAGCCUGUCUUACUAUUACCCCCUUGUGGUCGCCGGCUUCAACGCUUCUCGUGCUUCUCAUGAUUGCACAGGGCGCCUCUGCUGUCCCGAUGGCCGAGGCCAGAUAUCUUUCCGCAGGUCUUAUCGAGACAUGCCGCAUAUCCCUGUUUGA